CUGCCCUGCCGCUGAAACAAGAUGGCUGUGCGGGCGGGCGGAGCAAUGCAGGGGAGCUACCAAAGUGGACACAGGGUAUCACCCCCGUGCCGAGCAGCACACGACAGCCGCGCGUAGCGAGCGAGGAGCUCAGUCGAGAUACCACGUCGUUUUUCCUACUAGUCCUCUUCUACAAAUCUGGCUUUUAAGUGGUUAGACGGAGCGAGACGACAAAAUCACGGUUCGGUUCGGCCAGGUAGCGGCGGCUCAGCGGAGGACAGCCGGGAACCCUCACGCCACGCAACAGAGAUGUCCCUACUAUGUGUGGGAGUGAAGAAAGCCAAGCUGGAUGGACCCCAAGAGAAGUUCAACACCUAUGUGACUCUUAAGGUACAAAAUGUGAAGAGCACAACCAUCGCUGUCAGGGGCAACGUGCCCAGCUGGGAGCAAGACUUCAUGUUUGAAAUCAACCGCUUAGACCUGGGUCUAACUGUAGAGGUGUGGAACAAAGGGUUAAUCUGGGAUACUAUGGUUGGCACCGUGUGGAUUCCCCUCCACAGCAUCAGGCAGUCAAAUGAGGAAGGCCCAGGCGAGUGGCUCACAUUGGACUCUCAGGUCAUCAUGACUGAUAAUGAGAUCUGUGGCACCAAAGAUCCCACGCUCCACCUGGUGCUGCUUGACACACGGUUUGAGCUGCCCCUUGACAUCCCAGAGGAUGAGGCCAGGUACUGGGCUAAAAAACUUGAGCAACUUAAUGCAAUGAGGGACCAAGAUUACUCAUACCAAGAAGAACAGGAACGCCCACUCCAGGUUCCAAGCACACAGUGCUGUAAUUGGAGUUUAUGGGGAGACCAACAGAAUGAUGACCCAGACAGUGCUGUGGAUGACAGGGACAGCGACUAUCGCAGCGAAACCAGUAACAGCAUCCCCCCUCCAUACUACAGCACAUCUCAGCCCAAUGCCUCUGUCCACCAGUACCCAAUCAGCCACCAGCACCAUAACUCCAAAGGCGUCUCAUACCCGCACACGACCAACAGUCAUGAUCUUGACUACCAUCAUCAGCGGACUGUUAGUCCCACUGGAAGCUAUGCAUCAUCUGCAGAGUUGAGUCGAUGCAGCAGUCAGCUGAGUGAGGAGGACUAUGGUGGUGAAUAUGGAGAGAGGGACCCUUACGAUGAGAAUGACUCGUACCAUUCCUGCCACUCCUCAGUCAGCUACAGUAAAGGUUCCCCAGACUGGGACCCCGAUGAGACUCAAGAGGCGUACAGUGACGAGGGUGGCUACAGCAAAGAUGGGGGUGAGGAGGCAGCUAUGUAUGAGGAAGAAGACGGUGGAUUGUAUGAGGUAGAAGAGGACGGCCUAUAUGAGGAUGAGGACUUGAUGUAUGAUGAUGACAAUUUAUACAAUUUGGAUGGAAACCUCAGUGAAGAUUUGGAACCUCCAUUCACACCCACCCCAACAUCAACUGCCCCACAAACUCUAGACGUACCAAGUGCUAGACCUCCACUGGAGAAACAACCCUCAGUACAUGAAAAACAACCCCCGACACAACCUGCUAAUCAAAUAACCAGCCAGGGUUCGCCUGCUGGUGUUGCCCCAGCAGCACAACCUACAACUGGUCAGCAGACUUCUCAAAUGCCUAAACAGCCCCACACUCAAACACAGGCACAGACAGCUUCAUCUGCCACUUCCUUCUUCUCAAUGGCCAAACCUCUAACAGCCAGAGUCACAGGCCUCGCUUCCACUUUCCUGUCUUCUGUCCCCACUGCCCAACCUGCCCAGUCUCAUCCACCGCCACCAGCUGCAUCCGAACAUCAUCUGUCUGCAGCAGCAAGCAAUCUUCCACUGUCCUACCCAGCCACCGUAGCUGCAACUCAGCCCCCCUCCACUGCCACAGGCCCUUCUUCCCAGCAGAUUCCAAAUUCUGCUCAGCCUGCAUCUUUACUUAAUGGUUCUGCCACUGUACAGUCAGCUGUAACUAUGGACGAAGGUUCACAAAUGGAAGAAGAGCCUUGGUUUGAGGAGGAAAACAUACCGGAAGAGGCAAGGCUGUCCCCUACAAACCCAGAGGACAAUCUCAGCAUGGAGCAAAAGGAAUACAUUGAAACAAGCAGACCACCAAGCCCUGAGGAAAAAGAGAUGCCACCUGAGAGUCCUCCAGUUAUAGAGGAGCUCAAAGAGCCAGUGGACCCAGCAGUCCGAGCCAAAGAGAACUGGCUAAGACUAUACAACAAGGUCUUAGACCAGCUGCGGGAGGCACGAGGAGAAACCUCCAGCUCGCUAUGGUUUGGUAAAGGAGGGAUGGGAGGUGCACUCUAUAGUAUUGACAGCAUGCCAGACCUUCGGAAGAGAAAAGCCAUUCCUCUUGUCAGGGAUCUGGCAAUGUCGCUAGUGCAGAACUCUCGGAAGGCUGGAAUCACCUCCGCAAUGGCUUCCACCACUCUUGGCAAUGAAGAGUUGAAAAGUCAUGUUUAUAAGAAAACCCUGCAGGCUCUGAUCUACCCCAUAUCCUCGACUACGCCGCACAAUUUUGAAGUGUGGACAGCCACGACCCCCACCUACUGCUAUGAAUGUGAAGGCUUGCUGUGGGGCAUCGCCCGACAAGGCAUGCGCUGCUCUGAGUGUGGUGUCAAAUGUCACGACAAGUGCCAAGAUCUGCUGAAUGCCGACUGUCUGCAGAGGGCUGCAGAGAAAAGUUCCAAGCAUGGAGCAGAGGACCGAACCCAGAACAUCAUCAUGGUCCUGAAGGACCGCAUGAAGAUCAGAGAGAGGAACAAACCGGAGAUUUUUGAGCAAAUCCAGGAAGUGUUUGGCCUUGACAAAUCAACACACGCUACCCAAAUGAAACAGAUCAAGCAAAGUGUGCUCGACGGGACGUCUAAAUGGUCAGCAAAGAUCAGCAUCACUGUGGUAUGUGCCCAGGGACUCCAGGCUAAAGACAAAACUGGUUCCAGUGAUCCAUACGUGACUGUCCAAGUGGGAAAGACCAAAAAAAGAACCAAGACUAUCUAUGGCAACCUCAACCCAGUAUGGGAAGAGAACUUCCACUUCGAGUGCCACAACUCUUCUGAUCGCAUCAAGGUUCGAGUCUGGGAUGAGGACGAUGACAUCAAGUCUCGUGUGAAACAGAGGUUCAAACGUGAGAGUGACGACUUCCUCGGUCAAACCAUCAUCGAAGUCCGCACGCUGAGUGGGGAAAUGGACGUUUGGUAUAACCUCGACAAGAGGACAGAUAAAUCUGCUGUAUCGGGAGCCAUCCGCAUGCACAUCAGCGUGGAGAUUAAAGGAGAGGAGACUGUGGCUCCUUAUCAUGUCCAGUACACAUGUCUUCAUGAGCAUCUGUUCCAGUACACCACUGAGGAACAGAAUGGUGGCGUAGUAAAGAUCCCGGAUGCCAAAGGAGACGAUGCCUGGAAGGUGUAUUUUGAGGAGACCGCUCAGGAGAUAGUGGAUGAGUUUGCUAUGCGUUAUGGUGUAGAGUCCAUCUACCAGGCUAUGACCCACUUUGCCUGCUUGUCAUCUAAAUACAUGUGCCCUGGAGUGCCCGCUGUGAUGAGCACCUUGCUCGCCAACAUCAACGCUUACUAUGCCCACACCACCCAGUCGUCCAACAAUGUUUCUGCCUCAGACCGAUUUGCUGCUUCCAACUUUGGUAAGGAAAGGUUUGUCAAGUUACUGGAUCAACUGCACAACUCCCUGAGGAUUGACCUCUCCAUGUACCGGAACAAUUUUCCUGCCAGUAGUCCUGAAAGACUCCAAGAUCUCAAGUCUACUGUGGACCUGCUGACCAGCAUAACAUUCUUCAGGAUGAAGGUCCAGGAACUUCAAAGUCCCCCCAGAGCGAGCCAGGUUGUGAAGGACUGUGUCAAAGCCUGUCUCAAUUCCACCUAUGAAUACAUCUUCAACAACUGUCACGACCUCUACAAUAGAGAAUAUCAAAUGGAUCCUUCAAAGGCGGUUCCUCCAGAUGAGCAGGGUCCCAGUGUCAAGAACCUGGACUUCUGGUCCAAACUCAUCACACUCAUUGUGUCCAUUAUAGAGGAGGAUAAAAACUCCUACACUCCUUGCCUUAAUCAGUUUCCACAGGAACUCAAUGUGGGCAAGAUCAGUGCUGAGGUCAUGUGGAAUAUGUUUGCUCAAGACAUGAAAUACGCCAUGGAAGAGCAUGAAAAGCACCGUCUGUGUAAAAGUGCAGAUUAUAUGAACUUGCACUUCAAGGUGAAGUGGCUUUACAACGAGUACUGCAAGGAACUGCCCACAUUUCAGAAACAUGUACCUGAAUAUCCAGCAUGGUUUGAGCCAUUUGUAAUCAUGUGGCUGGACGAAAACGAGGAAGUAUCCAGAGAUUUUCUCCAUGGAGCUCUGGAGAGAGAUAAAAAAGAUGGCUUCCAGGUCACUUCAGAGCACGCUUUGUUCUCCUGCUCUGUGGUAGAUGUGUUCUCUCAGCUCAAUCAGAGCUUCGAAAUCAUCCGCAAACUGGAGUGUCCCGACCCUCAGAUUGUUGGCAACUACAUGAAGAGAUUCGCCAAGACCAUUGGCAAUGUCCUGCUGUCUUACGCUGACAUCAUAGCGAAGGAAUUUCCAAAUCAUGUGAAGAAGGAGAAGGUGCCAUGUAUCAUCAUCAACAAUAUCCAGCAGCUCCGAGUUCAGCUGGAGAAGAUGUUUGAGGCAAUGGGAGGCAAAGAUCUCAAUGUGGAGGCGAGUGACUUCCUGAAAGAACUGCAAAACAAACUUAACAGCGUUAUGGACGACCUCAGCCGCAUCUUCGCUGUCAGUUUCCAGCCCCAAAUUGAGGACAACGUCAGACAGAUGGGGGAUAUCCUGGCCCAGGUCAAGGGUCAGACUGUGCCAGCCAAUGGCAGCGUAGUUCAGGAAGCUGACAAUGUUCUGCAACCCAUCAUGGACUUUCUGGACAGCAACCUGUCGCUGUUUGCUAAAAUCUGCGAGAAGACCGUUUUGAAGAGAGUGCUGAAGGAGCUGUGGAAACUGGUGAUGAACACCAUGGAGAAAACCAUUGUGCUUCCAACACUUACUGACCAGACGGGCACUCAGAUGAUCUUUAAUGCUGCUAAGGAAUUAGGCCAACUGUCAAAGCUCAAGGAGCACAUGGGCCGAGAAGAGGCCAAAGCUCUAACUCCCAAACAGUGUGCAGUCAUAGAGCUGGCAUUAGACACCAUUAAGCAAUACUUCCAUGCCGGUGGCGUGGGCCUGAAGAAAACCUUCUUGGAGAAGAGUCCAGACCUUGCAUCUCUGCGUUACGCCUUGUCACUGUAUACACAGGCCACGGAUAAACUCAUAAGGAAGUUUGUCCUUUCCCAGCAUGCUCAGGUCCAUGGAGGCAAAGGGAUCCGCUGCACGGCAAAUGAAGACACGGCGCCAGAGCAACCAUCGGGGGUGGAUGCAGUUGGCGAAGUGGUCAUGCACGUGGACAUUCUACCUCAGCCUAACGGCGAGCACAAGAUCAGCAUCAAAGUGGUCGCUGCUAACGACCUGAAAUGGAGGGCGCAGGGUUUCCGUCCUUUCGUGGAGGUCUACAUCAUUGGCCCUCACCUCAGUGACAAGAAAAGGAAGUUUGCAACCAAAUCCAAGAACAACAGCUGGUCCCCUAAAUUCAAUGAGAGCUUCCAGUACUCACUGGGCACCGAGGUGGGUCCAGAGAGUUACGAGCUGCAAGUGUGCGUGAAGGACUACUGUUUCGCCCGCGAGGACCGCACGGUGGGCAUGGCCGUGCUGCAGGUGAAGGACAUCGCCAACAAGGGCAGCGUCACCUGCUGGCUGCCGCUGGGCCGCCGCGUCCACAUGGAUGAGACGGGCCUGACGGUGCUGCGCAUCCUGUCGCAGCGCAACAAUGACGACGUGGCCAAAGAAUUCGUCAAGCUCAAGUCGGAUCAGCGCUCGGCCGAGGAGGGCCGCAGCUGAAGGGACGCGGGCGGGGGUCCACCACGUGCGGUACACAAGCACACACAUCUGCAAACACUCCACUGUAAAUUCCUUCGCCUACAUUUUGGCAACAUCCAAGGCAGAAUAUCUUUAUACAAGUUUAUUUCGUUUGGACACAUUUUGACUCUUAGUUUCAGGUUAACUACACAUUACACUAGCAUCUCACCUUUUCUACAGCCAACACUUAGAUGUGAAAUAAUGACGAGACACGUGAAUAGUUGGAGGAUGACCACUUUUGCACUUCUGCCUCCCUGUAUAUUCAGGAGAGCGUCGCUACGCUACGCUAAGUUUCUCUGUGUGUACGUGCAUUCUUCCUCCACGUCUGCUCGUUUCGUGUCAAGUGGAGCUCAGGCACAGAUCUAAGAUCAGCUUCGUAUCAUAACAGGGGUGUCCAAACAUUAUCCAUCAACAGAGAAACAUAAAGAUGACCGAACUUUGGGAAGCCUUUUGAGCAUUUAUUCGACAUCCUUGAUAUCCAGCUUACGUUCCAUGUACUAGUGUACUAGUCUUUUUCCUCACAAGUAAGACAAUUCAGCACGCUAGUACAAUGACUAGGGCGCACUAAUAAAAUGACUGUCUCUUACUAGUAAUGUUUUUUUUGCACUUCUACCUUCCACUAGUGUACUUCAACUACAUGUUACUAGUGAGCCAAAACUACUAGUGGCCUUUUUGGUGCUACUAGUAGGGUCCACGAGGAAUUGCAUACUAGUAGGCCAAAAAUGGCACUACAAGUGGGAAAAAAUUUGUUAGUAGUAAGACACAGUUGUUCUACUAGACCAAAAUAAAUGCUUAAAACAGCUUUCCAUACCGACCACAUAUUAUUAGUAUUAACAUUAUGAUCACUUACUGUAUGUCACAUCACACACUAAUACAGUGUUUCCCAAAGCUUUAUCGAGCCAAGGCACAUAAUUUAUAUUAGAUGAGAAUGCUCACCACCAAAUAAAAAUGUCAAAACGUGGACACACAGGUUACUUAUGUAUCUUCUGCCAUCUCGGAAUCAGAAUCAUCUCUAUUUGCCCAGUAUGUCAAAAACGCACAAGGAAUUUGUCUCUGCUGGAGAAGCUUGGAGGAGAGGAGUUCGGGGAUGAUGGUGUUGAACGCAGAGCUGAAGUCCACGAACGGGAUCCUCACGUAGGCCCCCGCGCCGUCGAGGUGUUCUAGGAUGAAGUGCAGUCCCAUGUUGACUGCGGCAUCCGCAGACCUGUUUGCUCGGUGGCAUGGGCGAGACUGGCGAGACACAACAAGGGAAGAUGCUGGGUGAGGCUGCGAUGAUGCGCAGCCAAUCAGCUCACGGGUUAAAUCCAUUCGUGCUCUCAUUGAUCGAUGUCGUGCCGGGAACCAAUCACGCGCCUUGUAUGAGUGCCAGUACAGUACAGGCAUGUACAAAGCCUCUGAGUCAACUCAUCUCUUUGUUUGGCAUGCAGGGAAUAUUUUGGAAAAACCCGCGAAGCACUGAAGCCGCAAAACGUGCAGCGAAGUGGCGAGGGAACACUGUAUUGCUUGAAUGCGCAGCGCCCCCUCAAAGGGACCAGCUGCUCAUCCACGCAGACAUCUCUCCCCGGGUUAAACAUUUUGGGUAUCAGCUCGUUCCAUGUGGUCCAUACAUCCAGGAUUGGGGAUAGCUUGUGGCGUCGAUGGCCUGGAGAGUUUGUCAUCAAACUGCAGGGCGCGGUUGAUUUGACAAAAUCAUUUAUGGGACAUUGUUGUCCUGAAAAGUGGCCGUCCAGUGUCCUUCCCCCACAGGCUCAGUGGUGCUUCGUUCUUGGAUUGGAACGGGCCUGCCAGGAUCAGCAGCCCCAGGUAACCUCGCACCUCCUCCUCAUCCAUAUUUGUCCAGCCAGUUACUGACCUCCGCCCUUGCAGGUUUGUCAUGAGCAAUAUUCGCUGCAUGACGUCCUUGUUGAAAAAAAAAAAAAAAAAAGAUUGAAUGCCGUCUCGGGGCUGCUGAUCCUGGCAAUCGCGUAGUGCGUUGGGCCAGGUGUCGGGAGGGAGGGGGGACAAAGUGCAAGGACAGCUCAUUCGUGGGAGAACACAGGAUUUUCCCAUUUUUUUAGAGCGUCAUGUGCUGACCCCCAUCUCCUCCUGCUCCUUUCCGUUGUCCUCCUCCUUCUCCUCCUCCUCCUCAUCAUCAUCCUACUUCUCUGAGUUUCAAUGUUCCAAGGAGAAUUCUUCAUCCAAUAGGUCCUCUGAGUUCUCUGAAGAAAUUUCGGAUAGGAAAGCUUCCUCUUCCUCGUCCUGCAGUAGAGCACGAGCCUCUUUUGCUGUGUAUCUUCUCUCCAUGGCUUUAAGUUUGAAAAUGAGCUCACCAAAGUGAUGAGAAACACCCUGAAAGGCUCUCAACAAAUGAGAAGGCAGAAAUUAAAAAAAGAAGCAAUCCCGACCAAUAGAUUCAAAGCAGUAACAAGCGUGUGUGGAAUCCUUUGAUCUUCGCUCCAGCAACACACGCACACACAAUCCUGCACACACACACACACACACACACACACUUGCACGCGCAGGAAAAUGCACGCUGCAGGAUUUCAAAUAACACUUUGGCAGGCAAUGUUCAAUUUCACACACAAAAUAUAAUCAUAUCUGCAUACUAAGUAUUUUGAUGAAAUAAAUCUUUGUUUUUAGUUGUAACCCAAAAGGACAUAACGAAGAAACGUGCAUAAAAAAUGAAUGCUUUGUCAUCAUAGCGUCAUUUAAAACGCGCACACACACAGACACACACAACUCAUCUAACGAUCCCAAUUCGCCCAAAUAAUAAAUAACAAACAAACAACAACAACAAAUCAUAUCGUUUGGAAAUUGUAGGCAUUAAUGUGCAUUGCUCUGCAGAAAAAAAUAAUGGCUUGGUUUUUGAUCAUAGGGUGUAAUUACACCUAAAACCAAUUUUUUCUGAAUUUGAAACGCUGCUGUUUAGAGAAAUGUGGCAGUCACGGGAAAAGUAUUAUAAGACAGCACGUUUACAGGAUAGUGGGGGGGGAAAUGGGUUGUUUAACUUUUAUUCCUAAUGACAAGGAAAGUGAGCCAUGGUGCCAUUAUAAAGGUUAACUUGUUCAAAACGUCAUGGCCAAAUAUCAGCCCUGUGGCUUUUUUUAAAAAUGGUUUUAAUUCUUUGUAUUGGAUGAAAGACAUCAAAGUCUUCAAAGGGAUAGAAAUUGCCCAUAGCAACCUGUGAGUGAUUGAGAGAGAGAGAGAGAGAGAGAGAGAGAGAGAGAGAGAGAGGAAAAUCAGGCAAGUGAGAGUUUUAUUUCAGACACAUAGGUUCAUAUCACAUGUAAUACAAACAAACAGCUUUAACCAGAGAACACUAACGUUAAAAUUAGUCACACCAUCACUCACGUCGGAUAGAUUUUACCCGAUAUAAUAUCCCAGAUAAAAUAAAAAAAAAAUUGUCAUCAAUUUCAAAACUCAUGUAAACAUGGGCGCCAGUGGCUCCAGUCUAGAUGCAAACCUGAGAGAGCAGUGUUUAAGGUUGGCUAUAACAGUGAUAGGCAUUUUUCGACACGCAAAGAAAAAAAUAAUACCAGUGCAAGUAUUCACGAGUGAAUGCUUACUGAUACCUGAGUACUAGUGUAUAGCACUAGUACUUUUGAUGCAUAAAAUGUCAAUGUACACAGUAACAAAUAAUUGUCAACAAAGACCUUUCUUACUCUUUGACGCACAUGAUGACUCACCAAUGUGUCAAACUGCCGCAGUGUAGUGCCAACUACUGGCGAGGAGGACUUUUUAUUUGCCUUUAGUAUCGGUGGCCGGUAUAGGCAGCCUUCACGAGUACGCGAGACCUUGAAAUAAGGCCACUAUCGGCACGAUACCAAUACCUGGUGUCGGUACUCGGCCAUCGCUAUUCGUUACUAUAACGAAGCUAAGGCACUGAACAAUGCAAGUGGUUUCUACUUGUGGAAGGGGCAGCCAUUAUAAGCCCAAAAAAGGUAUUUUCACUCAUGGAGGCAGCACUUCAUGAAUUUCAUACGUUUGACAACUAAUGUGCGGAUCCGUGCAUGUGGCGCAUGCAGCCGAUACAUCCCCAAAUACAACCUGUGACCUGCGAACGCUAAUCUGUGCGUCCAACAAAAGCUCUUCUUACCUUUUGGCUUUGACCUGAUAGUGUUUCAGACACUGUAGUCUCUUGAAAGUAGUAAAUCUUCACCCAGCCUAACUUCCAAAUCAUGGGCAGAGAAACUGUGUGGGGGCGUUAUUCUGGAAAUGAGCAGAAUUGUGAUGUCAUACAAUUCGGAAGAACAUCUCGCUCACAGACAUAUUUUCAGUAAUAGGCAGAUAUAGGAUUUACUUGGUUGUUUAAUUUGGGGAUAAUGAAUAAUGUUUCAUUUUAUUUGAAUAUGGCCCGCAAGCCACACUUUGGACACCCCUGGUAUAUUUUGACCACUGACCUGAGAUCAGUGUCCACUAAGUCCGUCCUCACCUGUCCCGUGUCGUCGUUAACUAACGUCCUGCAUGUUGGCCCCUCCUACCGAAACUGUGAUUCUCCCGCUGUAACCAUGGCAACCACUCGCCUCCAACAUUCGCCCGGCGUGAGGAUGUUUCAUGUAACACAAGUUUCCUUUGGGAUUUGACUCCAUGUCCAUGUUGCAGUCCAUCAUGUGAUGUAAAACACAACGCGGAGCACAUCAACUGUACAGUCGUACCUUGACUUACGAGUUACCCUAUUUCGCAGUUUUUCGAGAUCCAAGCAGUCGCUUGGCUGAUUUCUUUUGUUUGAAAUGAUAGAAAAACAUUAGCGAGGAGCAUUUGUAGUGGACUUGGCAAAGCAGUACGAACAUUGUACUACCAUAUUGUUAACCUAAUUGCACUGUUGCUUAAGUCAUAUAUGUUCUCAGAAAAAAAAAAAAAAACUCAUUCAAGGAACAAAAAGUUGCCUCGAUUCAACCUUUGCAGAUUCCCGUGACCUGGCUAAUACGAAUCUACACAGACAUGAGAGAAAAAUGCAACAUUGGGAUUUUUUUAUUGAUAUUGUAACAGUAAAUUCAAAAUGAUUCAGGCAAUUAUGCUAUUUGUGAUUAAAUUCAGGUUGAAGAAGAUUAAGAUCAGUGAAUGAAGGUGAAACCAAAGUGAAAACAAAUGUAGCAAUUGAGGGGGAAAAAAACAGUUGAUUUAUUUAAAUUAUAUUUGAUCAUGUUGUUACUGUAUGUUUUUAUACGGUACAAUACUGUACAGUGCUAUUUUUCUUAUUUGUGCAAAGUUUUUUGGGGGGCUGGAACAGAUUAAUGGCAUUUCCAUUCAUUUCAAUGGGGAUAGUAGAUAGUUUGAGACAAGAAUGUUUUGCGUUACAAGCGUGAUCACGGGCCGAAUUAAACGCGUACGUCAAGGUAACACGGUACUUCGAAAAGGGCUUACAAGACCUCCCUCCCUCCCCACCCCUUACUCUGCCAUAAAAACAUGCCCACUGUGCAGUGCAGUCAAGUUUGUAUGUGCACAAAAGAGGUUCUGAGAUUGUGAGCAAUAUGAAUGCACCGUCAAUCAGUCCGCACGAGAACCAAGCGUAAUAUCAAAUCUCAUCUCCAUCAUUUUUACUUUUCACUGCCAUCUGUUUUUGUGUAAACAUGUUUAAGAAGAAAUGUGUUUGUGUCCUUAAACGACUAUUUCCCUUGAGGGGGACCCAAUUUGCACAAACCGGAGCUCUUAUUUGAUUUUUGUUUGAAAGAAUUGAAGCCAUUGGAGUCGCCGCCAUGCGUUUAUGAUUAAAUCAUUUAUGUUCACUGGAAAAAAAAAAAAAAAAAAGGUUGGCUGACGUCCGCCACCGUUGUCCACAUCGUCCUUUGUGUGGUCCAAUGACGUCAUUGACUGUGACCAAACACUGCUGGCUCAUCACACGUUGUCUCUACUCAAUACAAUAAUGAUUCAUGUUAUUCAUCUGCAAGAGUUCUUUGUCGUUUUCUGUAUACAGGGUUUCCCUAAAUUUAUUUUUUAAGCUAAAGAACGAAAUUAGAACAACUAUAAAUUGCAACUACAAAUAUUUUUAAAUAAAAUUAACUCCUAAAUUAUGAAAACAAAGUCUGUAAGUUAAAUACAUUUAAACUUGAAUAAUAAUGUCGCUGAACAGAGGUACCUGAAACAACAGGACAGGAUUAUUUAAAAAAAAUUAUAUAUAUAUAUAUAUAUAUAUAUAUAUAUAUAUAUAUAUAUAAAUUGUUUGAAUAGGGACGUCUCAAAACAAUGUAAAGAUGUACAAAAGCUUUGGUUUUUAAAAAAUGGAAAAUAAACAACCUUAACCCAAACAUUUAAAGUCCCUCUAAAGUGAAAAAAAAUAAUAAUAAAAAUGUUUUUUUGAAUUAUUUAAAAAAAAAAAAUAGUAUUUCAAAUGAGUCUUCAAAAUCCUGAAAAAUCAAGCUAUGGUCUUUGCUCUCAAACUCUACGGGCGUGUCCGCAGAUUGCGCUGAAACCACACCCAACUGUCAAUCAGAUACCACUACAACAACCUGGAAAAUGGAUGAUACUUCGUCUAGCAUCUUUCUCAUGACUACAAAUCCCUACACGUUUGAGCCGCAAAAAUAGAUGCGCUUAAUGCCCCCCAUUGGCUGGAAUAUAUCCCACCGGGUUGUCAAGGGGCUUUUCCGUGCACCGACAACAAGGCGCUCUAAAGCGGCCACGAAAGUGGACUAAACAAAGGGAAGAUGCAUUUCCAGGGUGUAGGCAAACUGUAGCUAGUAAUUAUAAUUGUGCCUGAUAACUGCUGAUGCGAUCAAUCAAAGAAGCUCAAGUUCUUACAGGUGUAUAGUGGCGGAGGGGCGACUCAUGCCCGAGCCGAAGUGCGUCACGCGGCCCUAUUUUAGCCACGCCCAAAAAAAAACGAAAAACAGAAAUGGUGAAAAACAGUUUAACACCGUAUCGCAAAAAUCUAUAUUUACUGUACAUAAACCAGCAAUAAGGACCACAAUAAACAGAUAAAAAGCCAUUUUCCUGCUUGAUAAGCAAUAAAAUAAAGAAUCCCAAGUUUGGGAAACCCUGAUCUCUAACCCAUAAUCGGUGUCCGUUUCCAAUUUUGCAUACACAAACACAUGCACACACAUGUGCGGUGGUGACAUCGUCUUUCUGUGUCGUCAUCUAUGCCAGGGCUUUUAAAACAAUUCAAAGAAUGACUUCGAGUUGCAAUCUGUACAGAAAAAUAAACCGAGGGCUUCAGCACCCGCGUCAUGCCAUAAACUGUAAACCACCAAAAAUCUCUGCUCAAGCACAAAGGGCCAUGUCAGAUGACACACAUGCAUGCGUGCACGCAGACAUGACAUGACCGCCCCUGUGAAUAGAAAACACAAAUGCAUGACGGGAAUUUAAUGUGCCAGCACUCGUCUCCUUUUUGGAUCAUUUUCCUUUUCGCCAUUUGUUUAUCAAAAACUGUAUUAUUUGCCGUGUUACAACCAAUCACCCACGUGUUUGUUUUUCAAACAGGCUUGUGAAUAUGUCAUCUGUAACCAAUAUGAAUGUAGUGUGAACACAGAAUUCGCAUGAGAGGAUUAUUUUCUACUGACGAUGUUUCUAAUUGGUUUCCUAUCAUAAUCGAUUGUUCCGGAACUGGAAUGGAGCCUGACUGAUCUGCUUCCUAUUAAAAGGACAUUUGUGUCACGA